UGCGCCGGUCCCUGCACUUCCGGAAUUCGGGUACCAACUUCCGGAACCGCGCUUCUCGCUCGCAGUAGGAGUUUGUUUGGGACGUUGAGCUCGUAGGAGUGACUGGCCAUGUCGCUGUCCCACUUGUACCGGGACGGGGAAGGCCACAUGGAUGACGACGACGACGAGAGGGAGAACUUUGAGAUCACUGACUGGGAUCUGCAGAAUGAGUUCAACCCCAACCGGCAGCGGCACUGGCAGACCAAGGAAGAGGCCACCUACGGAGUGUGGGCAGAGCGAGACUCGGAUGAAGAGAGGCCCAGCUUCGGGGGCAAACGGGCCCGAGACUACUCCGCGCCCGUCAACUUCAUCAGCGCCGGCCUCAAGAAAGCGGCGGCGGAGGAGGCGGAGCUGGAAGAUUCUGACGAUGAAGAGAAGCCUGUUAAGCAGGAAGAAUUUCCUAAGGAUUUUGGGCCGAAGAAGUUAAAAACGGGUGGCAAUUUUAAACCCAGCCAGAAAGGCUUUGCAGGAGGAACCAAGUCGUUCAUGGAUUUUGGCAGCUGGGAGAGACACACGAAGGGAAUCGGGCAGAAGCUCCUGCAGAAGAUGGGCUACGUCCCUGGGAGGGGCCUCGGCAAGAACGCACAAGGUAUCAUCACGCCGAUCGAAGCCAAACAGCGGAAAGGAAAAGGCGCCGUGGGAGCGUACGGCUCCGAGCGGACCACCCAGUCCCUGCAGGACUUCCCUGUGGUGGACUCGGAGGAGGAAGCGGAAGAGGAGUUUCAGAAGGAGCUGAGCCAGUGGAGGAAGGACCCCAGCGGGAGCAAGAAGAAGCCCAAGUACUCCUACAAGACGGUGGAGGAGCUGAAGGCCAGGGGCAGAACCAGCAAGAAGCUCACGGCUCCCCAGAAGGAGCUUUCGCAGGUCAAGGUCAUAGACAUGACGGGCCGGGAGCAGAAGGUCUACUACAGCUACAGCCAGAUCAGCCACAAGCACAACAUCCCCGACGACGGGCUGCCGCCGCCGUCCCAGCAGCUGCCCCUGUCCGGCAAGGAGGCCAAGGCCCCGGGCUUCGCACUGCCGGAGCUGGAGCACAACCUUCAGCUGCUCAUCGACCUCACGGAGCAGGAGAUCAUCCAGAACGACCGGCAGCUGCAGUACGAGCGGGACAUGGUGGUGAACCUCUCGCACGAGCUGGAGAAGAUGUCGGAGGUGCUGGACCACGAGGAGCGGGCCAUCUCCAACCUCAGCAAAGUCCUGGAGCUGGUGGAGGAGUGCGAGCGGCGCAUGCAGCCCGGCUGCAGCCACCCGCUCACCCUGGACGAGUGCGCCCGCAUCUUCGAGACGCUGCAGGACAAGUACUACGAGGAGUACCGCAUGUCCGACCGCGUGGACCUGGCUGUGGCCAUCGUCUACCCGCUCAUGAAGGAGUACUUCAAGGAGUGGGACCCCCUCAAAGACUGCACCUACGGCACCGAGAUCAUCUCCAAGUGGAAGAGCCUCCUGGAGAACGACCAGCUCCUGUCUCACGGCGGCCAGGACCUCUCAGCAGACGCCUUUCACAGGCUGAUAUGGGAAGUCUGGAUGCCUUUUGUUCGAAAUAUCGUCACCCAGUGGCAGCCCCGGAACUGUGAGCCCAUGGUGGACUUCCUGGAUAGCUGGGUGCACAUCAUCCCCGUGUGGGUGCUGGACAACAUCCUGGACCAGCUCGUCUUCCCCAAGCUGCAGAAGGAGGUGGAGAACUGGAACCCACUCACGGACACCGUGCCCAUCCACUCCUGGAUCCACCCGUGGCUGCCCCUCAUGCAGGCGCGCCUGGAGCCGCUGUACUCCCCCAUCCGCAGCAAGCUGUCCAGCGCCCUGCAGAAGUGGCACCCCAGCGACUCCUCUGCCAAGCUCAUCCUCCAGCCCUGGAAAGACGUCUUCACCCCAGGCUCCUGGGAGGCCUUCAUGGUCAAGAACAUCGUGCCCAAGUUGGGCAUGUGCCUCGGGGAGCUGGUCAUCAACCCCCACCAGCAGCACAUGGACGCCUUCUACUGGGUCAUCGACUGGGAGGGGAUGAUCUCCGUCUCCAGCCUUGUGGGGCUCCUGGAAAAGCACUUCUUCCCCAAGUGGCUUCAGGUGCUGUGCUCCUGGCUCAGUAACAGCCCCAAUUACGAGGAGAUCACCAAGUGGUACCUGGGCUGGAAGUCCAUGUUCUCAGACCAAGUGCUGGCGCACCCAUCCAUCAAGGACAAGUUCAACGAAGCGCUGGACAUCAUGAACAGGGCGGUGUCCUCCAACGUCGGUGCCUACAUGCAGCCCGGAGCACGAGAAAACAUCGCCUACCUCACCCACACGGAGCGGAGGAAGGACUUCCAGUACGAGGCCAUGCAGGAGCGGCGGGAGGCCGAGAACAUGGCCCAGAGGGGCAUCGGCGUGGCCGCCAGCUCCGUGCCCAUGAACUUUAAGGACCUCAUUGAGACCAAGGCCGAGGAGCACAACAUCGUCUUCAUGCCUGUCAUCGGGAAGCGACACGAAGGGAAGCAGCUCUACACCUUCGGCCGCAUCGUCAUCUACAUCGACCGGGGAGUGGUGUUCGUCCAGGGCGAGAAGACCUGGGUGCCCACCUCCCUGCAGAGCCUGAUCGACAUGGCCAAGUAGGCGGUGGCCGGGGCGGCUGCACACAUUUCUGACUAAAUCUUUUGAACCAUC